CCGUGGUGAAAAAGAUGAGGUGAAAUGAGUUACUUGAAUUAAAAAUGUUGCUGUGCAGCAGCCUCUGGAGUCUCAGAUGACGGAGCGUCCUUGAACGCGCCUAAACGGCCUCUCUUUGCAGCUGCGUUAUGGCAGCUGCCUCGUGGGCGGCCUGGAUUGAGUUAAAUCUAAAAAGCAGUGGAUGCCGGAGUGUAACCGCAGCUCUCCUCUCCUCUCAUUCAUGCUGAGCGCUGCUGUCCUGUGCGCACGGAUCUGCAGAGAGCUGAGCUUCGGACCCGGUGCUGCUGCUGCUGUUUGACAAGCCCGCCGUUGGGAAUGGAAAUGUCUUCUGCUGCAACUCUGACAUCCUAAAGAGAAAAGAAAAAAACAUGCCAAGCAGGAGGUACGCGGAGGGCGGUUUGAUCAGGCUGGUGGCGGACGAGGCUGAGGAUCAGGGGAUGAGGUUAUAAAAACAACGGCGGAGAGAAAAAAAAAAAGAAAGAGGAAGUCGAUUGCUUGGAAACUCUUCUUUGUUAUCAUCAUACCCUGCAGUCCUACAAGGGCUCUGACUGACCCUGUAGAGGAUUACACACUCAAAAAUACACACAACACCCACUCGCUCACACCUCCCCUCCCCUCACCGCCAUGUCCUCCCACCUCAACCCACUUCUCCUCAUCCUCCCCAUCCUCUUCCUUCUCCUCUCCCCUGCCCGUGGCCUCCACCCUCCACCCUCCACCACCACCUCCACUCCUUCCUCCUCCUUGCCCCUCCUCUCCUUCUUCCCACCUGAAGGAGGUCUCACACUGGUGGUUCACAACAAAACGGGCGAGGUCUACCUGGGCGCCGUCAACUGGAUCUACAAGCUGUCCAGCAACCUGACCAAGCUACGAAGCCAUGUACUGGCCCCGUCACAGGACAACCCUCGCUGUUACCCGCCGGAGGUCCAGUCCUGCCCCCACGAGCUGGUGCAGACCUCUAAUGUCAAUAAACUCCUGCUACUCGAUGCCGCCCACAACCGCUUAAUUGCCUGUGGGAGUACUUCCCAGGGAAUAUGCCAGUUCCUGCGUCUGGAUGAUUUGUUCAAGCUCGGCGAGCCCCACCACCGCAAAGAGCACUAUCUAUCCAGCGUGGCCGAGGCAGGCACAAUGUCAGGUGUCGUGAUCUCCCCUGAUCUUUUUGGCGGAGGUGGGAAACUCUUUGUCGGCACUCCCAUCGAUGGAAAAUCUGAGUACUUCCCGACGCUGUCGAGCCGCAAGUUGAUGUCCAACGAGGAAAACGCUGACAUGUUCAGCUUCGUCUACCAGGACGAGUUUGUCUCCUCGCAGCUGAAGAUCCCUCGGACACGCUCUCCAAGUUCCGCGUUUGACAUCUACUACAUCUACGGCUUCAACAGCGAGCAGUUUGUGUAUUAUCUCACCUUACAGCUCGACACCCAGCUCACCUCGCCAGACGCGAGCAGCGAGCAGUUCUUCACCUCGAAAUUGUCCGUCUGUGCGUCGACGAUCCGAGAGUUCUACUCCUACGUUGAGUCCCCCAUUGGCUGCACCAAGGACGGAGUGGAGUACCGCUUGGUUCAGGAUGCUUAUCUGGCCCGGCCAGGCACCCGUUUGGCGCGUUCGCUUGGUAUUCAAGAGCACGAGGGUCUGUUUACUGUGUUCGCCCAGGGUCAGAAGAACAGAGCCAGACGCCCCAAGGAGUCGGCUUUGUGUCUGUUCACAAUGAGACGGAUAAAGGAGAAGAUUAAAGAGAGGAUUCAGUCGUGCUACAGAGGAGAGGGGAAACUCUCCCUGCCCUGGUUGCUCAACAAGGAGCUGGCCUGCAUCAACUCGCCGCUGCAGAUAGACGAUAACUUCUGCGGCCAGGACUUCAACCAGCCUCUAGGGGGCACCACCGCCAUCGAGGGCAUCCCGCUUUACGUGGACAAGGACGACGGCAUGACCUCCGUGGCGGCCUACGACUACCACGGACACACCGUGGCGUUCACCGGCACCCGCAGCGGACGCAUGAAGAAGAUCCUGGUGAACUCCAUCGUCCAGCCUGCCUUGUUGUAUGAGAAUGUGGUGGUGAGCGACGGGAGCCCCAUCCUGAGAGAUCUGCUCUUCAGCCCAGAUCAUCUGCACUUAUAUGCCCUCACCGAUAAACAGGUCACCCGUGUAUCAGUGGAGAGCUGUGAGCAGUACAGCUCCUGUGGAGCCUGCCUGGGAUCAGGGGACCCUCACUGUGGCUGGUGUGUGCUACAUAACGUAUGUUCGAGGAAGGAUCGCUGUGAACGAGCAGAGGAGCCUCAGCGUUUCACCACCAGAGUGGAGCAGUGCGUCCGACUCUCCGUCCAACCCGACACCAUCUCUGUCACCAUGUCAGAAGUGCAGUUGUCGCUUCAGACGCAGAACGUGCCCAGUCUGUCUGCCGGGGUGAACUGCUCCUUCGAGGACUAUGUAGAGACAGAAGGACGCAUCUAUGGUGGACGGAUCUUCUGCCUGUCCCCUUCUACAAAAGAGGUGUCCCCCAUCACACGAGACCAAGGUGACCAACGUGUUAUAAAGUUGUAUCUGAAGUCGAAGGAGACGGGGAAGAAGUUCGCCAGCGUUGACUUUGUCUUCUACAACUGCAGCGUCCACCAAUCGUGCCUAUCCUGUGUUAAUGGAAACUUCCCCUGUCACUGGUGCAAAUAUCGCCACAUGUGCACGCAGGACGCCAGCGACUGCUCCUUCCAGGAGGGACGAGUCAACACCUCGGAGGAGUGCCCUCAGAUCCUGCCCUCCACCCAGAUCUAUAUCCCUGCUGGAGUGAUGAGGCCGAUCACCCUGCUGGCGCAGAACCUGCCCCAGCCGCAGUCCGGACAGCGGAACUAUGAGUGCAUCUUCCACAUCCAGGGCAGCACACACAGCGUCCCGGCUCUGAGGUUCAACAGCAGCAGCAUACAGUGUCAGAAGACCAUGUACGACUACGAGGGCAGUGACAUCAGUGACCUACCAGUCGACCUCUCCGUGGUGUGGAAUGGAAACUUUGUGAUUGACAACCCGUUCAACAUUCAAGCCCACCUGUACAAGUGCAGAGCGCUGCGGGACAGCUGUGGUAUGUGCCUGAAGGCUGACCCCAGGUUUGAAUGUGGUUGGUGCGUCCAGGACAGGAAGUGCUCCCUCAGGCAGGAAUGUACCGGCGGCGGGAAUUCCCACCUCCCGCUGCAGCUGGCUGAAGGCGGAGGGUGGAUGCACGCCACCUCUGGGAACAGCCGCUGCACCCACCCCAAGAUCACUAAGUUGUUCCCUGAGACGGGGCCUCGCCAAGGGGGAACCAGGGUGACCAUCCUGGGGGAGAACCUGGGUCUGCAGUUCAGAGACAUCCAGAUGGGCGUCCGACUGGGCAAGGUACCCUGCGUGCCUAUCGAGGAGGAGUACGUGAGCGCAGAGAGAAUAGUGUGUCUGCUGAACGACGCUACCGGCUACAGGGUCCAAGAAGCUCAGGUGGAGGUGUGUGUGAGAGACUGCGUCAACGACUACCGAGCCCUGUCGCCCAGGCCGUUCACCUUUGUGACUCCAUUCUUCACCCGUAUCCAGCCGUCUCAGGGGCCCAUUUCCGGGGGCACCCGGGUCACCAUCGAGGGAAGCUACCUCAACGCAGGCAGCUACGUGUCUGUCAGCAUAGGACCGCAGCCCUGCUACUUCAAAAAGAGGAAUGCCCGUGAGAUAGUGUGCGUUACACCAGCCGGGUUAGCGGCGGGCAGCACGUCGGUCUUGGUGGACAUCGACGACGCCGAGCUCCGAAACCCCGAGGUCAAGUUUAACUACACUGAAGACCCCACUGUCCUGAGGAUCGAGCCUGACUGGAGCAUCGCCAGUGGUGGGACUCUGCUGACAGUGAGCGGGACCAACCUCGCGACCAUCCGAGAACCAAAGAUCAGGGCCAAGUAUGGGCAGGCAGAGUCCUUUCAUAACUGUACGGUGUAUAAUAACUCGGUCAUGGUGUGCCUGGCUCCGUCAGUGGCCGAUUCAGAUCUGGGUUUUUCCGAGACCGGCACCGGCCCGGAUGAGAUCGGGUUCUACAUGGACAACGUGAACGCUCUGGUGGUGGUCAACGAGACUUUCAGCUACUACCCCGACCCCGUGUUUGAACCGCUGAGUCCCUCCGGGGUACUGGAGCUCAAGCCCACGUCGCCGCUCAUUCUCAAGGGCCGUAACCUGAUCCCAGCGGCUCCGGGUAACAGUCGUCUCAACUACACGGUGCUGAUUGGAGAGACCCCCUGCGUCCUCACCCUGUCUGAGAGCCAGCUGCUGUGUGAAUGGCCCAACCUCACCGGACAACACAAAGUCACGAUUCGUGCUGGUGGGUUCGAGUACUCCCCCGGGACUCUUCACAUCUACUCGGACAGCCUGCUGACGCUUCCCGCCAUUAUCGGCAUCGGCGGAGGUGGCGGCCUGCUUCUGUUGGUCAUCAUCGCCGUGCUGAUUGCCUAUAAGAGGAAGUCGAGGGACGCCGACCGCACCUUGAAACGCCUGCAGCUCCAGAUGGACAACCUGGAAUCCAGAGUGGCCCUGGAGUGUAAAGAAGCUUUUGCCGAGCUUCAAACGGACAUCCACGAGCUGACCCAGGAGCUGGACGGAGCUGGGAUUCCCUUCCUGGACUAUCGGACUUACGCAAUGAGGGUCCUGUUCCCCGGCAUUGAGGACCACCCUGUGCUCAAGGAGAUGGAGGUACGGGUCCAGGCAAACGUUGAGAAAGCCCUGACGCUGUUUGGCCAGCUGCUGACCAAGAAGCACUUCCUGUUGACAUUCAUACGAACCCUGGAGGCACAGAGGUCGUUUUCGAUGCGGGACCGCGGCAAUGUGGCGUCUCUGAUCAUGACGGCCCUGCAGGGGGAGAUGGAGUAUGCCACCGGAGUCCUGAAACAGCUGCUGUCUGACCUGAUAGACAGAAACCUGGAGAGCAAAAACCAUCCCAAGCUGCUGCUCAGGAGAACGGAGUCUGUCGCUGAGAAGAUGCUGACCAACUGGUUCACAUUCCUCCUGUACAAGUUCCUCAAGGAGUGUGCCGGGGAGCCGCUGUUCAUGCUCUACUGUGCCAUCAAGCAGCAGAUGGAGAAGGGACCCAUAGACGCCAUCACAGGAGAAGCCCGCUACUCCCUCAGUGAGGACAAGCUCAUCAGGCAACAGAUUGACUACAAAACACUGACGUUGCACUGUGUAAACCCAGAGAACGAGAACGCUCAGGAGGUGACGGUCAAGGGUCUGAACUGUGACACCAUCACUCAGGUCAAAGAGAAGCUGCUCGACGCUGUGUACAAGGGCAGCCCCUAUUCACAAAGGCCCAAGGCUUCCGAUAUGGACCUGGAAUGGCGGCAAGGUCGGAUGGCCAGAAUCAUUCUGCAAGACGAAGAUGUCACGACUAAGAUCGACAACGACUGGAAACGACUCAACACGCUGGCUCACUAUCAGGUGACAGACGGCUCGGUGAUCGCCCUGGUGCCGAAGCAGAACUCCGCCUACAACAUCUCCAACUCCUCCACCUUCACCAAGAGCCUCAGCAGAUACGAGAGUAUGCUGAGGACAGCCAGCAGUCCAGACAGCCUACGGUCCCGAACACCCAUGAUCACCCCUGACCUGGAGAGUGGAACCAAAUUGUGGCAUCUGGUGAAGAACCACGACCACUCGGACCAGAGGGAGGGCGACCGAGGCAGCAAGAUGGUCUCUGAGAUCUACCUGACCCGGCUGCUGGCUACAAAAGGUACGCUACAGAAGUUUGUGGACGACCUGUUUGAGACCAUCUUCAGCACGGCCCACAGAGGCAGUGCGCUGCCGCUCGCCAUCAAGUACAUGUUCGACUUCCUGGACGAGCAGGCCGACAAACACUCCAUCACAGACUACGACGUACGACAUACCUGGAAGAGCAACUGUCUUCCUCUGCGGUUCUGGGUGAACGUCAUCAAGAACCCCCAGUUUGUAUUUGACAUCCAUAAGAACAGCAUCACGGACGCCUGUCUGUCUGUGGUGGCCCAGACCUUCAUGGACUCCUGUUCAACGUCAGAACACAAACUAGGAAAAGACUCCCCUUCAAAUAAGCUUCUCUACGCUAAAGACAUCCCCAACUACAAGAACUGGGUAGAGAGGUAUUACUCCGAUAUCUCCCGUAUGCCAGCCAUCAGUGAUCAGGACAUGAGUGCCUACCUAGCAGAGCAGUCCCGCCUGCACCUCAGCCAGUUCAACAGUAUGUCGGCGCUGCACGAGAUCUACUCCUACAUUAUCAAAUACAAAGACGAGAUCCUGUCGGCGUUACAGAAGGACGAGCAGUCGCGCAGACAGCGGCUACGCGGCAAAUUGGAGCAGGUCAUCGACACCAUGGCACUGGCUAGCUGAGGACCGGCCAGUCGCACGCCUCGGCUAGGGGAGAACUGGCCAACCAACACGCCUUCCCUGACAACCUUUGACGCCCGUGACAUUUUGGCCCUCGACGUUUGAAGUCUGUCGUUAUCACCCUCACGAACAACAAACAGCGGGAAAAGACUGCAAGGACACAAGCACCCAGCAGCAGCAGCACACUGGAGAGACAGCAGAGUUUGGAACUGAGGCCCCGUUGGCCGGGUUGGCUUUUGUUUUUUUUCUCUGAGCCACCAACCCAGCCCCCGAACAACCAAAUCAAGCGCACCCCCUCAGCUUCAGCCGAUACAGACCUGAGCUCAGAAGAGCGUUUUAUUUUCAUCAAGGCCCUCAUCACAUCCUAGAGUCCUACGGGUGCAGCAGUUGGGUACUUUGGCCACAAUCAGGACCGGCACAUGCACACUGGUGACCAAAAACUCAUCUAGCUGGAUACAGAGCUGAAAUGCUACUGGAAAGGUCAAAGCCACCAGCUAGUAGCUCUCCACAGCCACGGCAACGGUUCAGACUGUGAGCCAAUAAAAAUCCAGGAUAUAUUAUUGCGAUACUUGAUCCCUGUAAGGAAUUUUCUCUUUUCUGUUGCCGCCCUCCACAGGGAGGUCAGAGGUCAGGGACAGCUACAGAGCAGCAGCCACGGAGCUGGUAUGGAUUCAAUGUGUUGCUCAAAGACACUACAGCAGGGUGUUGUUGCUUGGCAACACGCAGGCUGCCGCCACUGCCUGACAACCAGGAGGAAGGACUAUUGCAGGGAAACUCUUCCUCCAGUACCGACUCUCCAUCAUCAAGAACUCCACUGUAGUCUGACAAAGGACACUCUCAGUUUCAUAACUCUGCAUUUGAUUUGUUAUUGCAUUUUUCUUUCCCUUCAACUGCCUACUCUCCCCAGUGCUGUGCCACUUGUGUUACUGCUGAAUUUGCACAACAAAGCUAAAUCAAAAGAGAGAAGAGGAUAUAUGAAUAUAUAGAUAUAUAGAUAUAUAAAUACAAACCUUUUGUUUUUAAGACAAAUGAAAAUUUGAAAAAAAAAAUGUUUUCCAUUUUAAUGUACAAAAGAUAAGUCUGAGAAGAGGAUUUGAUAUUUCCAAGAUGAAAAAUUAUGAAAACACAAGGAAAAAGUCGUCCUGUGCCAUGUUUUACUUUGAAUGUUGUUUAGUGCAAAGCGACUUCUUUUCGUUAGAUGAAUUGUGCUAUGAUGAAAAUGUUGUCAUGCUUAGUGACUGAAAGUGAGAGUUUAAAAAUAGGUAAUGGCAAAUAUAUACUUGUAUAUAUAGACCCCUUUUGUGUCAUCGUCAUGAUUACAGUGUUAGCUGGAGGCAAAACAAAGGAAAGACUGGAGGCAAACACUAGCAGUGGGCUAAAGUUACACAUCGGAAAUGUCAUCUUGCUGUGUUGUUGGGUGCCAGAAUCCAGAUAUCACAUACAUUUGAGAUGACAAACUGUGAUUCGAUGCUCUAACAGGCUACAAUAUCGGAGAAACGUAUUUAUCCUUCUGCUAACUGCAGCCGUGAGCCCUUUCUCUCCAUCUCUGAAAAGCUUUGCCGAUAACUCUCUUUUAGACUGACUUUACUGAAGGAUAGUUAAUUAUAGGCAUCCAAAGAUUUAUACGCCCUCAAUUUAUCUUUACAGCGCUGCCGUUGGCCACCAGCCCGCUGGUCAUACGGCUGGCUACUUGAAAAUGAGUUGAACAAAGUUGUCUCUCAUCUCUUGAUAGCACUGUGCUUUCCUACGCUGUGACAAGAGUGUGUGGAUUGAAGAGUGUUUACUCAUUUAGCGACUGGCUAGUUAGCUAGCUACCUUGCUAAUUCCACCAUGCUACAGAAAAUGAGCCCAACAGCGGACAGCGCUGGGUCACGGUCACUCUGCCUCGCUCCUCACCGCAAGGAGACUACUUCGCUGGGAGGAGAGCAGCCGUUAGCUAGCUAACUAGCCAGUUCUGGAGACAGACAAUCUAGCUAGCUAACUAACGUUAGCCAGCCGUCUACUCCUCCUGAAGUAGUCUGCCAGCGGCGUAGGGGUCGGCUUGGUUAAUGUUAACGUUCUCAAUUAACACUCGUGAUCCUGGAGAGUGAGUGACGGUACAUUUUGAGAGAAAAUAGUAUUUUCUUCAGCCAUUGUUAAUAAAACAAGCCAACAAUACUUGCUAGCCAGCGUCAAUUAAAGUGUUCAGAGAAUCAUUCUGCCUCCACUUAACGCUCCACCCACAAAAUACGUCAUCAUGUUUGCUAACAGAAAAGGGGUUUAUAUACACAGACACUUUCUAUAUUUCAUGAGGUCUUGGGACCGUUGUGUGAUCUUUGGCUCUAAAGGUGGUAAAAAGACAAGCGAUGUCUGCGAGCCAACCGACCUACAGUGCUUUUUGUGUUUGUUUUAGAGAAACCAAAUACAUCGAGGCCUGGUCAGCUGAUUUAGAUGACACAAAGUUCAUUCCUGUUGAAGCCAGCCUCGCGCGCUGUGGUAGCAGCAAUUAUAGAGGCCCCUAGGCACUAGUCAUUUGAACAGUUGAACCGUCGCUCUACAACUUCUUCUCGUUUUCUAGAAUUCUCCUCUUGUCUGAAAAAAUUUUAUGAAGUGAGCCCUCCAAAAUGAAGGCCAGUUUAGGUGUGCAGAGGAAGGCGAAACAGUAUUGUCUCAUUUUUGGCUUGUUUUCUAAGUCUGCAGUAAAGACGGUAAAAGCAAAAAUGUGAAUGUGGUUUAUGAAAAAGAUGAUGAAAUGUAGCUUGAUUUCUGUAAGUGUUUUUGUACCAGCUGAAGGCCUUUCUCUUUUUCUUUCGUUUUGUGGUUUUAUAGGGGUAAAAAAAAAAAAAAACACUUAAAAUGUUUUAUUUCCAGUACGUGCUGCUCCACAAUAACUUGUUGCAGUGCUUCAAAAAAAUGCAUUCAUAAACAAGACAUUCCUUUUAUCCUGUGAGUGUAAAAAUGGUACAAGGCUAAUAACAACGGCUAGAAAAUAGAGAAAAAAAAAUUGAAAGAUGUUAAACAAGCCAGGGUAAUAUAUACUGUGUUUUGUCAACCAUCCUGUAAGAGUUUGCACCGGACCAGGCAUAUCAACAACCAGAUCAGAUGGAUGAGGUCAACACUCCGCUUAUCCCUGCUCGCCCUGUUUGGUUUGAAAGCAAAUAGAUAUAAAAAAUGUGAUGAAAAAGUUGGUUAAAAUGCUUCAAAUGCACCUUUUAUAGAACAAUACGACUUUAAAGGAAA